CAAUGUCGUUCAUUGGUUCUAUUAUUUUGUGUGAGCUAUAUUAGUUUUGAAAUCUUUUUUGUUCAGCUAAUUCCUUUGUUUCUUUAUAUCCUUCCAUGUUUACAGGGAGAGCCAAGUUUCCAUUUAUUUGGGUUUAUCAUGUGUAUUGGUGCAACAGCAGCUAGGGCACUUAAGUCGGUGCUUCAAGGGAUUUUGCUUUCUUCCGAAGGGGAGAAGCUGAACUCCAUGAAUCUUCUUCUGUACAUGGCUCCUAUUGCUGUUGUACUUCUAUUACCUGCAACACUAGUUAUGGAGGAAAAUGUUGUUGGUAUAACGUUAGCACUUGCAAGGGAAGAUGUCAGAAUCAUAUGGCUACUUCUAUUCAACUCUGCACUUGCCUAUUUUGUAAACUUGACCAAUUUUUUGGUUACAAAGCACACCAGUGCAUUGACUCUCCAGGUUUUGGGGAACGCUAAAGGAGCGGUUGCUGUGGUCGUGUCAAUAUUAAUAUUCAGAAACCCAGUAUCAGUCACAGGGAUGCUUGGCUAUACACUCACAGUUUUUGGUGUUAUUCUCUAUAGCGAAGCCAAGAAACGCAGUCGGAAGGAUUGAUGUGGGGAAAAAGCACCAAAGUAUGACUUUCAAGUUUUAAAUUUUGCAUUGCAAUGGGAGGGAUCUGUUCAAGUUUCAAUGACUAGAAACGGAUCGCACACACCCUGCAGUUGUAUCUCCAGAUUUUGUCCUCAAAUUUGCAUGGAAUUUGGCAAAAAUUCGAGGAAUAUGCGCCAACAACCACAUUUCUCAGCCGGUCAGCCCAAACAGUGGAGUAGUAAUAAGUAACUUUUGAUUUCUCUCCAUUCUUCUCACAUGGAAGGGUUAAUGGAACUUUUAAAAAAAGAAAACUUUUGGAAAGAAAUUGUAGAAUUCAGUAUACACAUCUUGUGUUAUAUAUAAUUUUUUUCAUAUUCAUUUGAGCCAUAAUGAAAUUUAAUCAAAUGCAGAUACUAUUUGAUUAUGUUACAUUAUGUUUGGUGAAACGUCGCCCGAUUAUGGGUCUCCAUAUUCUAUCUCCAAGAUAUCUGGCAUCUCAUCUAAUUUCGAUU